CGCCUUGAGGUUUCGCUCAUGUUCAUGACGUUGGCCGCCCAUCGUGAGUCAGGGCCCUUGAUCACCUGACAAGCGGGAUUUUGUCGGUCUGGCAACGACUGGCAGAUUCCGGGACCCCACCGCGCCGCAACUCGGCAUCGCAUCCGGAUCGAGCUCGAGGAAGCAACAACCUCCGCUACCGAACGUAACCCAACUGGUCCAUCCGUCAAACAGCAAGCUCCGACUCGGAAUUUUGGUGGCUUUUUGUCCGCGCUGGAAGUCGACGCCGGCGCCCGAUUAAUCGUAGCUCGCCCAUUCUCCCUUCGAGGGCCUCAUCCAAAGCCGGUCGACCUCAUAGCCAACCGCUUGCACCCCUGAACUUGGAGGUGCAGCAUACCGUCAUACCAUCAUGUCGAGUAUGUCCUCGUCAAGUAUGACGAGCUCGUCUGCGUCCUCGUCGUUCAUCAUUCCGGACGUCCCCUCCUCAUCCUCCGACCGAGAUGACGUCGACUCCCUGCCAUCCAUCUCUAGCAGCAUCCUUGAUUCCGAAGCCUCGUCCUCCGACGCGCAGAAGGAAUGGGAAGCCAGCCUGGAGCAGCUGCAGCUUCUGCUGACCAUGAUCAUUAUGCCGUUCGUGGGGAAGUUCAUGGGGCGCAAGUUUGCUUAUUGGAGCUGGGCAAGGUACAUGGAGUGGAUGCACAACGUUGAGAUCAGGUGGACGAACAAACGGGUAUUCAAUGCCGCUGGUGCGGCCGAGGCCGCGGUGUCAUUAUGACUAGGGGGGUUUACAGGCUGGGAAGAGCCAUGAGUACAUACUGUCUAGAGCCUGUGUGGUAUGGGCGUCCUCUGGUUUUCACGGCGUUACGGAAUUUGGGAAUGCACAUGGAAGAAUCUGGUCUUCCGCGAUGGGUAGAUGGCCCGUUGGUUGGCCAUUGAAUCGAAAUGAUAGCAGCGACGCAUAUUACUGGCGAUCCUGACCCUUCGGGAAAGACUGAUGGCAAUACCAAGGUAGAAGCUCUGGCA